AUGUCCGAAGAGUGUCCUACUCUUUCUUGCAGAUUGUCUACUAUUCCUUCUGGUGAAUGUUGCCCAAUCUGUCAAGUGUGUCACUAUGGUGACGUGGUGUAUGAAAAUGGAGAUUUGUUUACAUCCAUUGACAACCCUUGUGAUAUUUGUACCUGCAAUGUUACUGAAGUUCAAUGCAGUCCUGUGAAGUGUCCAGUUUGCACUCAUCCAGGUCCAUCUCGUCCUGGGAGCUGUUGCAAAGACUGUUCUGGUAGAUUGUUUGACAUUUGUGAAGUGGAAGGCAUAAUCCAGAGAAAUCAGUCAGAGUUUAUCCAUCCAUCUGACCCUUGUCUUAACUGUACAUGUAGAGAUGGAAAUAUUUCAUGUUUCAGACAGUUAUGUGAGGAUCUCUCUUGUAGAAGCACGUAUGUUCCUGAAGAAGAAUGCUGUCCAGUGUGUCAAGUUUGCAGUUAUGAUGGAAACGAGUAUCAGGACGGUGACGUAUUCAUGUCUACUUCUGAUCCGUGUAAUAAUUGUACAUGUUUGGCAAGCAGUGUUCAGUGUAAUCGAAUAGAAUGUCCAAACUGCAGUCAUCCAGUGCCCAAGCCUAAGGGCACUUGCUGCCAUGAUUGUAGAAACUGUUUGGACAGAGCACGUGUCAUUCCUAAUGGUCGCAGAUUUAGACCUGAUGCUUGCACUCAAUGUAUCUGUCUGGAUGGAAGCAUAACUUGUAAUGUUCAAACUUGUCCACCAGUGACUUGUAAGAAGGUCAAAACUAUUCGCGGUCAGUGUUGUCCGGUUUGUCAAGUUUGUGAGUAUGGAGGUCAUACGUACGAUGAUGGAGAUAAGUUUUCUUCUGUUGAUGAUCGUUGUGAAGUUUGCGAGUGCAUUGGAACUCAACCCGUGUGCCACCGCAUAGAGUGUUCAGUUUGCACACAUCCAGUGGUAGAAGACACUGAACAAUGCUGUGCUAAUUGCUCAGCAUGUGAGGUAGAAGGUGUUAUUUAUGGCAAUCUGACACAAUUUGUGCAUCCUUCUAAUCCUUGCUUGCGCUGUGACUGCCAAAGUGGGAAUGUGUCUUGUACUCAGGAAGAGUGUCCUACUCUUUCUUGCAGAUUGUCUACUAUUCCUUCUGGUGAAUGUUGCCCAAUUUGUCAAGUGUGUCACUAUGAUGACGUAGUGUAUGAAAAUGGAGACUUGUUUACAUCCAUUGACAAACCUUGUGAUAUUUGUACCUGCAAUGUUACUGAAGUUCAAUGCAGUCCUGUGAAGUGUCCAGUUUGCACUCAUCCAGGUCCAUCUCGUCUUGGGAGCUGUUGCAAAGACUGUUCUGUUUGUGAAGUGGAAGGCAUAAUCCAGAGAAAUCAGUCAGAGUUUAUCCAUCCAUCUGACCCUUGUCUUAACUGUACAUGUAGAGAUGGAAAUAUUUCAUGUUUCAGACAGUUAUGUGAUGAUCUCUCUUGUAGAAGCACGUAUGUUCCUGAAGAAGAAUGCUGUCCAGUGUGUCAAGUUUGCAGUUAUGAUGGAAACGAGUAUCAGGACGGUGACGUAUUCAUGUCUACUUCUGAUCCGUGUAAUAAUUGUACAUGUUUGGCAAGCAGUGUUCAGUGUAAUCGAAUAGAAUGUCCAAACUGCAGUCAUCCAGUGCCCAAGCCUAAGGGCACUUGCUGCCAUGAUUGUAGAAACUGUUUGGACAGAGCACGUGUCAUUCCUAAUGGUCGCAGAUUUAGACCUGAUGCUUGCACUCAAUGUAUCUGUCUGGAUGGAAGCAUAACUUGUAAUGUUCAAACUUGUCCACCAGUGACUUGUAAGAAGGUCAAUACUAUUCGCGGUCAGUGUUGUUCGGUUUGUCAAGUUUGUGAGUAUGGAGGUCAUACGUACGAUGAUGGAGAUAAGUUUUCUUCUGUUGAUGAUCGUUGUGAAGUUUGCGAGUGCAUUGGAACUCAACCCGUGUGCCACCGCAUAGAGUGUUCAGUUUGCACACAUCCAGUGGUAGAAGACACUGAACAAUGCUGUGCUAAUUGCUCAGCAUGUGAAGUAGAAGGUGUUAUUUAUGGCAAUCUGACACAAUUUGUGCAUCCUUCUAAUCCUUGCUUGCGCUGUGACUGCCAAAGUGGGAAUGUGUCUUGUACUCAGGAAGAGUGUCCUACUCUUUCUUGCAGAUUGUCUACUAUUCCUUCUGGUGAAUGUUGCCCAAUUUGUCAAGUGUGUCGCUUUGGUGAUGGUGUGUAUGAAAAUGGAGAUUUGUUUUCGUCCAUUGACAACCCUUGUGAUAUUUGUACCUGCAAUGUUACUGAAGUUCAAUGCAGUCCUGUGAAGUGUCCAGUUUGCACUCAUCCAGGUCCAUCUCGUCCAGGGAGCUGUUGCAAAAACUGUUCGGUUUGUGAAGUGGAAGACUUAAUUCAGAUAGAUCAGUCAGAGUUUAUCCAUCCUUCUGAUCCUUGUCUUAACUGCAUAUGUAGAAAUGGCAACAUGUCGUGUACCAAGCAAUCAUGUGAGGCUCUCUCUUGUAGAACUAUACGCAUUCCAGAAGGAGAAUGCUGUCCGCUUUGUCAAGUUUGCAAUUAUGGUGGAAAACAAUAUGAAAAUGGAGAUACCUUUGUGUCUGUUAGCAAUCAGUGUGAAGUGUGUGAGUGUAGGAUAGACGAAGUUUACUGUGAGCAUGUUGCUUGUUCUUAUUGUACACAUCCUGUGUCAUCUUCUGAUCGUUGUUGCCAGAACUGUUCUGCUUGUAAAUUGGACGAUAGAACAUUUGAAAAUGGGGUGGAAUUUGUUCAUCACUUGGAUCCCUGUCUAACUUGCACGUGUCUGUCAGGCAAUAUUUCUUGCAUAAGUGAGAUCUGUCCGCGUCUUUCAUGCAAGAAAACCGCUGUCCCUCCUUCAAAAUGUUGUCCUGAAUGCCAGGUCUGUACAUAUGAUGGUAUACAAUAUGAUGAUGGAGACACAUUCUUGCCAUUGUCAAAUCGUUGUAUUAACUGCACAUGUGAGGGCCAGUCUGUCAGCUGUUCUUUACUUCCUUGUCCUGUUUGCUCACAUCCAGUUCCAAAACGUGGUCAAGACUGCUGUGAUGAUUGUACUCAAUGCCAGUACGGAAAGAGGACAUAUAGUAAUGGUGUUAUUUUUAUUGACAAAAAUGAUCCUUGUGAAAACUGUUCAUGCGUAGAUGGCAAUGUGAUGUGUGAGACUAUACAAUGUCCUGAUUUAUUGUGUGAGAAUCCUAUCACUAACUCUAAGCGUUGCUGUCCUGAGUGUCCACCAGUGUGCAACUAUGAAGGCGAUGUGUAUGAAGAUGAUUCAAGCUGGACAUCAAAAUCAGAUCCUUGUGUUCAGUGCAUUUGCAGGAAUGGUAGAGCACGCUGUCAAACUGAUCGUUGUAGGAGACCGCAAUGCAGUGAUCCUGAAAUAAGAUCGAGUGAAUGUUGUCCAGUUUGUGAAGGCUGCACUUUUGAAGAAGUGACAUACACAGAUGGGGUGACAUUCAAUCCUGGUGGUGACCGUUGUCGGGAAUGCACUUGCAGUAAAGGAAAUGUUCAAUGUACUGUGGAGACAUGUCCAAAACUCAACUGCUCAUUGCAAGCUGUGUUGGAGGGAGAAUGCUGUCCAAGAUGCAAGACUUGCUUUCAUAAUGGUGUUGCGAGACAACAUGGGGAAGGAUGGGUGUCUGACGAUGAUCCAUGUUUAUCAUUUCAGUGCUUGGACGGAGUGCUUUCUUACUAUCUUCUUCGUUGUGCUGAUGAAUGCAAUGUGCAACCUACUCAACAACUAGGACAGUGUUGUCCUAUUUGUCCGUGUGUUGAUUGUGAUCGCGGCUGUCAGGCUGGUGGCCAGAGCUAUGAAGUUGGAGAGACGUUCUCCUUGAACGGAGACCCAUGUGAACAAUGUCUUUGUCAGGAAGGCGGUCAUACUUGCUAUUAUACAGCAUGUCCAGUACAAGUUUGCCGUGGAAACAUGAUUCAGUUUGAAGGAGAAUGCUGUCCUAUAUGUGUAGAAGAUCCACUGCUUCCAUCAGAAAUACCAGUGACACUUACACCUCCUCUUGCUGGACAGUGUGUUUUCAACUCUGUUUUUUACAAUCCGGGACAAAUCGUUGAUGCAUACAGUGAUCCUUGCUACAACUGUACUUGUCUGGAACACCAACUGUCAUCAAAGGACCAUGAAGAUUUACAGUACAAUGAAGGCCAGGUACAGUGUGAAGUUCAAAUAUGUCCAAAACUUUCCUGCCCAGAAGAUGAACAUGUUAGAGUGGCAGGAGUGUGCUGUAAAGUUUGCAAAUACAAGUUUUGUUACAAAGAUGGAAUAGAGUAUAGGCACGGAGAUCAGAUUUCUCUUGAUCAAUAUGGUUGCACUGCGUGCGUUUGUAAUGAUGGAGAUCUCGAUGAUUGCCUUGAUACACCUUGUCCUUUGCUUGUGUGUGGAAUCGGAACAGACCUGAAGCUUCUUGAGGGAGAGUGCUGUGUCCAAUGUGUUGCUGUGCCACCAUGUCUGUUUGAUGGGGUAACAUAUCAGCAUGGUCAACAAUGGAGAAGUCGUUGUCGGAAUUAUACAUGUCUGAAUCAAGAAGUGACGUUUGCUGAGGAGAUUUGCAUUCCUUUGCAAUGUAAACAGAAUGAAGUCCUUGAGAGAAAACCGGGUGCAUGCUGCAGCUCUUGUAUUCCAAAACCAUCAACGUGUGUUGCCUUUGGUGACCCUCACUACAGAACAUUUGAUGGGCAAUUGCAUCACUUUCAGGGUGAUUGCUCUUAUCAUCUUGCUCAGGAUUGCAGUAUCAGGAGGGAGUUUAGUGUCCUGGUUGAAAAUGAUAAUCGUGGACAUCCAGGAGUUGCUUGGACCCAAGAGGCAACAUUUAAUCGAGGGAACGUUUCUAUUGACUUUGUCUUCGGUGGCAGUAUAAGGGCAAAUGGACAACCAGUUGAUUUGCCGUACACGUUUGCUCCCUAUGUGUCGGUUGCAUUGGUGGACAGACAAGUAGUGCUUCAAACUGAUGUAGGGGUGACUGUAUCUUGGGAUGGAGACAGCAUUUUGUCAGUGAACGUUCCUUCCAAGUAUGCCACGUCCAUGUGUGGCUUGUGUGGAAAUUAUAACGGGAAUCCUUUCGAUGACUUUCGAAAGAAUGAUGGCCGUAUAACAAAGGAUGUGGAUGAGUUUGGAAAUUCUUGGCAAGUUCGCUCACCGGGAGACAAGUGUGAGCCAAAGAGGGGUCGACAAGACCCAUGUCAACUAGCAACAAAAAGUCACAGAGAUCUUGCAAGGUCCAGGUGUUCCGAGAUCUUGGGAGACGCUUUCAAACCUUGCCACAGUCACGUGAGUUAUGCAGAGUAUUUCUACUCGUGUAUGUUUGACGUGUGUGCUUGCACUCGUUCGGAAACCGAGUGUGUCUGUGGUGCACUCGAAGCUUAUGCUAAUGAGUGUGCAAAUCAAGGAGUUGAGCUGAGAGGUCGAUGGAGAACGGGAGCAUGUGCUAUUAGAUGUGCAACUGAACGUGGUUAUCUGUAUGAGGACUGUGCAUCCCCUUGUCGUAAAACGUGUGACAACUACCAUCAGGAAAUUGAUUGUUUGCAACCGUGUGUGACGAGCUGCCAGUGCUUGGCUGGUCUGGUGGAGCACAAUGGGUAUUGUGUGGCUCCCUCGAGUUGUCCUCCGCUGUAGAGUAGAUGAAUGAUGAUGAAUUGUAGUGAGUUAGAUGGCAUGUGCUUUCACAGCAGCAGUUACUGGAACAGAAGGUGCAAUGUUGACUUUGCUGCUACACUCUAAAUGUUGUGACACUUCAGCACUGAUUUAGAGGUAGGCAAUCAAUACACAUACAGACUGGACUCUAGCAGGCUGUCAAUGUCUAGUACUAUCUAACAGCAAGACAAUCAAUACUCACACUCUCCUUCUAUGGAACUCUCUCUUCUUUAAUUAUUUUAAUUAAUUAACUAAUUAAUUAUAUAUAAUAGUUUGAGCAGCUAGCAAGCAACAAUUGAGCAAGAUUCGGAAUCAGAAAAUAACAUAAAAAUACAGUUGCAA